AUGGGCAAGUGCUUCACCGUGAAUCCCUUCGCGAGGCUGGAGCUCACAGCGGAAGACCGAGCGCAGCUCGUCCAACUCGCGGACGAGCUAGUGCUCGCCAAGUUCGAGGAGUAUGAGGAACACUUGAACAACCAGAAGCAGGUGGACCUCAACCGGUGGAAGAAGUUCACCAAGUCCGGCCCGACGACGACGUACCUCGAGCGCAAGAACUCCAACCGGGACUCGAAGCUGCCCGCCCUCUUGAUGGUGGGCCCGUUGCCUGGCACUCUGGACGAGAACAUGUUCGGACUUGUGAGUCCGACGAUCGAGGCCAUGCGCAUCAAAACCUCCUACCUGAGCGACUUCAGUGGCGCGGCUGUACUUUCGACCAUCAUUGAGCCGACAGUGGAGGAACCGUUCCGCUCGGUGGUGAUCAAGUGGAUGGAGAUCGACAUCCCCGGAGCGUCCAUCGGACUCGUGCGCAACAGAGACUACGUGUACCUCGAGAGCUCCGGCAUUUUACGGCUCAAGAACGGCGAGCGCGUGGGUUACCACCUUUUCCACUCCGUCAGCUUCCCACAAGCUCACGAGCUACCGAACCGGGUUCGCGGCAACAUGUCGUUCUGUGGCAUGUCAAAGACAUCGUCUCUUGUAAUGCAGUCGACUUGGGCCUGGACUUCCACCGACCAAAACGCAUCUGCUCCGACUGUUUCUUCAGCAUCCGAUUCACAUCCUGCCUUCAGCAAUAGAUUUUUAAAUCUCGUUUAA